AUGAGGGCGAUUAUCUGCAGCUGCCUGCUAGCCUGUGUUCUGUGCUGUAAUGUCAUGGCAGCAAUAAAUCAUGAAGUAGUCGAGGAGAAGAGCCAGAUCACUCUGCCAUGUCCUCACCCUGUGGGUAAAGUGACGUGGAGCAGAGAGAUUAAUGGAAGCAAAGUUGACAUACUUACAGUUGAUGGUGACAGAGAGAUAAGACACAAUGAUCCAGGCAAACGAUACAGUUCACAGGCAAAUAAGGCACUUCACAUUCUCAGAGCUGCCGUGUCAGACGCUGGAAGAUACUUCUGUAAUAAUGAACCAGCUGUGGAGCUGACGGUGAUCCCACCAGGGACAGUCAGACUCACGGCUGCAGAGAGGACCAGGGUCACUCUGAAAUGCCCUCCUGAUGUUGGAGGAUCAGCUGGUUCAACAUGGAGCAGAAACUCCAGUGUAAUACGGCAAAAAGGACGUUUUAAUGUUUCACCAGUUGACAAGACGCUGACUAUAACAGACCUGCGGCCUAAAGACUCUGGACUUUACUACUGUGAUGGAAAACCAGCUGCGUAUCUGACUGUGACCAAAGGUAACAAGGCACCACCCAAAACAACAACUCCAACUAAAAUGACAACAACAACAUUAACCUCAACACCAACACCAACAACUCCAACUACAACAACCUCAACACCAACAACUAUACCAACAACAACACGAGCAACUACAACAAGACAAACAACAUCAACACCAACAGAGCCUCGUCCAGCAGCAGCAACAGCACCAUCAACACCACCUGCAAACACUGAUACAACAAAAGAAAAAGGUUCCAACAAGAAACCCGGAGAGGACGAGAACCAGAAACAACUUCUUUUUGGGGGGAUUGGAAUAGUUGUCUCCUUCCUCCUGCUCCUCCUCCUCCUCAUCCUUUACUGUACUUGGAGACGCAGGUUUAAAAAACGAGGAAGUGAAGGAAUGCAGCCUGUCUAUGAUGAGAUACAGGAAGGUGUAGUGUUUCGGCCAAUAAGUGAUGGAUCAGAUCCAAAUGAUCCCACAUAUUGCACCAUCCCUGAUCUUCCACCAGUGGGAAGGAGGACUGAGACAUUGCUUCCUAAUGAGUCCCCAUAUUCCUUGAUCGACAGCACUUUCCUUGGAGGAAAUAAUGAAGGUUCGACGCAGCUCAGUGCCUUGGAGAAACCGAAAGAACCUGAAAACAACAACGACCAAUCUUUCGUUUGACCUGUACUUCUACUUCUGCCUUUGUUGUUAAUCUGUGCGAUUAAUCGGUGGGGACAAAAACGAGAGCAGUAUGGGAAGUGUAAUCAAUUUGAUCCAGUCUGACAUCUGUGAGCCAUUGAGUGCAAAGAGGGACAAUGAUGAAUGUGUGUGACA